AUGUCAGACUAUCUAUCUAUUUAUCUAUCUAUGUUAGUCUGCUUCUAUCUAUCUAUCUAUCUAAUAAAUGAAUUGAUAAAUACCAUCUAUCUAUCUAUCUAUCUAUCUAUGAAAAGAAUACCCGCUCGGACCGGCCUUGUGCCACAUUCAAUUCCUGUGGGUGAAUUGAUAAAUACCAUCUAUCUAUCUAUCUAUCUAUCUAUCUAUCUAUCUAUCUAUCUAUCUAUCUAUCUAUGCCAGUCUGCUUCUAUCUUUCUUUCUAAGUCAGUCAGCAUCUAUCUAUCUAUCUAUCUAUCUAUCUAUCUAUCUAUCUAUCUAUCUAUCUAUCUAUGCCAGUCUGUUGCUAUCUAUCUAUGUCAGUCUGCUGCUAUCUAUCUAUCUAUCUAUCUAUCUAUCUAUCUAUCUAUCUAUCUAUCCAUCUAUCUAUCUAUCAUGAUCCGCUCAGGUUGGGACAAAUAUCUACACUAUUUAUCUCUCUCGCUCUCUUUGUCUAUCUAUCUAUCUAUCUAUCUAUCUAUCUAUCUACAAUUUUCUAACAUGAUACAAUUAAUGUUUUCUUUCUUCCUUUUCUCUUUGUUGUGUUUUUCUUUCUUUUCUUCGACCCAUUUUUUUUUUUUCUUUCUUUUUCUUUCUUUCUUUUCAUAUUUACAUGCAUUAAUUUCUUUCUUUAAUUUUGACUUACUACAAUUUUUUUUUUUUUCCUUCUUUCUUUCUUUCUUUCUUUCUUUCCUCAUUUGGCUUUCUCAAAUUAUCUCGAGAUUCCGAAUGCAUACCCCCACGCUCUCCAACGACCAAUAA